AUGGAUGGAGGCAGCCGACAAAGGUCAAGCGCCGCCGCGCGGUUCUCGCCGUACUCGCAACCGGGGGGCAGCACGCAGUGGAUUUUCGGUGAGCUGGUGGACGGCCCAGCAGGAUCAGAAGGAGAUGUGGGUGGCGGAGGAUACGGCCGAAAGAGGGCUACAGAUCCAGGCGGGGGCGUUUACGGUGCUGACCACCAGUUUCCGCUUAGACGUCAGGCCGAGCGCCUCUUGCGCCUCACCAUCAAACUCUACAAAGGGCAAGCCCGCCAGGGUGGAGAGGGCCACGACUUUGCCCGCGACUACGUGGUCAAGGCGGCCAAGCUGCAUGCAAAGCAUGGUAUCUACGCCUACCAGCAGUGCUACUCCCCGCCAGCCUAUCGGACCUUCGUCGACGAGAUGAGCCGCCGCAACAACCGCGGCUGGGUGAUUGAUGACCACGACGUAACCAUCGAAUUCUACUUCCGCAGCUUCGAGGAACUCAACAAGGUCAACCACGACCCGGAGUUCCAGGCGCUGCAGGCCAGCGAGGAGCCCUACGUCAACCGGGCGCACACCGUGGUCUCGCUGUCGUGGAUCGAGAAGUACGUCGACAAUACUGAGGUGGUCAAUAUCGUGGAUGAUAAGUCGACCUACCCCGGUUACGAUGAGUUGUUGGAUCUGUCCACUGCGCUGCGGACGGGAUCGGCGGCAUGGGCGAAGAAGGAGGAGUAG